AUGGCAGCUAGACCUCCAUCGUCUCUGGCCAUGAGGUCCAUCCAGCCCCGGCUGCAAUGGAGCUUGAAAACGCAUGGAUACAUCGUCUUGUCCCUCACGUUCAUCACGUACUUCUUGUACUCGUCUCGCAAGCCCACAAGCAUCGUCCAGAGUGCCCUCAAUCCUCAAAAAUCUUAUGCGAGUCCCCCUUGGCCGCUCGGCCCUGUCUUCAUCCCUCAAAGCUUAAGCGAGUCCCCUAGCAACGACUCCGUCAGCGAGGGCUGGGCUCCGUUCAACGCCACGGGCGGCAACACCAAGAUUGUUUGUCUUGAUGUCGCCUUUCUUGCCUGCUAUUUCUUUGGGUCGUUCUUGGGGGGGCACCUUGGCGAUCGUCAUGAUCUUGGGAUUCUCCUAACAGGGGGCAUGAUCUUGAGUGGGCUAUUAGUCAUCCUCUUCGGAAUGGGUUACUGCUUUGAAAUCCACGUUUUUUGGUACUAUCUUGUGUUGCAGAUGCUGUCGGGGUUGUUUCAGGCGACCGGUUGGCCGUGGGUGGUGGCAGUGGUCGAGAACUGGUAUCAAGAACAGGGUUAUUGGUGGUUGAUUAUGGGGAUCUGGAAUCCGUUUGUUUCGAUGGGGAAUAUAGUGGGGACCCUGCUAGCGGGUUUUGCUCUUCAUCGUGGAUGGGGAUUGUCUUUUAUAAUUCCUGGAUUGAUGAUGGUUGCGGGAGGGCUUCUGGUGUUGUUCUUCUUGAUUCCUCACCCUGAGAGUAUUCAGUUUCCAAAUCAGGAUGAAGAGACAGGACACAUUCGGCCGGGACGGCAUCGGCAUCAGAGUGGGCAAGAUGAGGGCAGCAACAACGCAAGAGAGACAGGGGUCUAUGCGGCUUUCCCAAUACCCGGAGUUAAACCGUAUGCUGGCUGUCUUCUUGGAGCGAAGUUUCUGGCUUAUAUGUUCGUGGCUGCGUUGCCCUCCCAACUCAGUAAAAAUAAAAUAGGUGGGAAGCUUAUGUCAGUCAUCACUGCUGGAAACCUGUCUACGCUAUUUUUUGAUGUAGGGGGGAUUUUGGGUAGUAUCUGUGCUGGAUGUAUAUAUGGCCUAUUCAAUGCUAAAGACCAUCCUGCGGCUGGAUUCAUAGCUCUGGGUGCACUUGCUAUUCUUUUCUACGGCAUUUUGGGAAAUAUUUCACAGCUGAUGAACAUAAUACUGAUGAUUGUCAUUGGUUUAGCGGUUAAUGGCCUCUGUGCAUUUAUAACAACUGGUGUAUCUGCUGAUCUUGGAACUCACAAUGCACUUCAAGGACAUGGUCGAGCUUUGGCAACUGUUACAGCGAUUAUAGAUGGCACUGGCUCAUUUGGCGCCACUCUUGGGCUCCUUAUAGGAUAUUUUUUAAAACAAGAGUUGAAUUCAAAUGCCGUCUUGGUAGUGCUUGUGGUUGUAGCAGUGCUAUCUGUUAUUUCACUAUAUUCUCCACAAAUUGUCCCAUACUUGAAAAGCAAAAUACAAACUAUGCAAAAUCGGCACAACAGUGGUCGGAUGGGGGAACUAGCUUCUAUCACAGCACCACUCAUAAACACGCCGACUGAUGAGGAUAGCACACUGGACAGGCAGCAGGGAAGAUUCUUCUUAGUUAGAGAUAUUCAUGAAAUUUUACACAGCUUUGAACCUUUUUGA